GCGCGGCCUGGACACUCGCAGAGCAAUUGUACUCCGACGACAGCGCGCGACACGCGCAGGGCAGCCCCGGAACGCUGCCCGGGCAUCGCGCUACAUGCCCAAGAUCAUCAAACGCCUCCGCAACUUCGGCUACCGUGUGCCAUUCCUGCGCCGGCGCUUCGAGCUAGAAGACAUUCUGCUUGUGGGGGUGGCUGUCGGUGGCUCGUUUGCCGUCGUGCUGGGCUGGAUUUUGUGGGUCCACUGGCGUAUCCUAUAGAGAAAUGACGCCGGCGCUCGAGAAAUGGCUCCGCGAGCACGUUACGGACACGGCGCGCCGCGCGGCGCUUGCCGACGCCGCCGACGGUCUCGUGGACCUCUACAAUGCGGAACGAAUCGACUUGGAGGAUGUGCUGACGAUUUCUGAGUGGCCUGCCUUUGCGCGCAAUCGGUUUCUCCGUGCGUGGCAAUCGCUCAGAGACGCCGGCCGCGCGGCGGCACUCGCGGCUGACGAAGGGACGGGGGAGCUCGUGCUGCCUGCGGGGCCUGGCAAUCCACCGACGGUCGCGACGCGAGCGACGCAGACACCGGGAGUCAUCAUGGCGCCCGCGCGACCCGCGUCUGCCGCCGCGCGCGCAGCGCUCAAGCGACGCGACCGCAAUCAUCGUGGUGGCCCGUCGCUCGGCCCGCGCGACGCGCGGGGCUGCUUCCCGUGCCCGGCCGGUUGCCCGAGGACCUUCACGCACGCGCCGGCGGCCGUGCAUCACGGCAAGUCCUGCACUGCGGGCGGCGCGCGACCUCCCGAGACAAACCGUGACGACGAGACGGCUGAGGAAGCUGCCGCGCCGCCACCACCACCUCCCGAUACGAGCCGUGACGAGGAGUUGGCCCGGCAACUCGCCGGCUUGCCGGGCCGCGCGCGACAGGCGACACAACGGUUCUCAAGCCUCGAGGACGCCGGCCAGUCCUACGCGUCGCCCGAGCGCGCUGCCGACCCAAGAAGGCCCAAGCGCCCCAAGAAGGCCAAGUCGCCCGUCGCUGCAUCGGCGGAGUCCUCUGACGCGGCCGAAGCGCGGGAGCUUGCGACCGACCAGGCGGCGAUCCGUGAGGCCUACGCCAGGGAACAGGCCCGCGCGACGGAGGAGGCCAGGGAACAGGCCCGUGCGACGGAGGAGCGGAUCCUGCGCAUAGCGAACGCAGCACUCACGCGGCGCCUCGGCACGGAGGAGGAGAUCCCGCGCGGGCGCGAGAAGAAGCGGUGCGCCGCUACGCGCGCGCCCGCGGAGACGCCUUCGACAGCACCACGCAUCGAAGGAAUCGCGGCGGAGACGACCGACGACGAUUCGGACGCCGAGGUCCUCCCUGCCAAGAGGGUGCGCGGCUCAGCCGCUGCGACGCCGGCGCGGCCAACCCUGCCGUCUACUUUCGCUCCCGCCGCGGCGGACACGGCCCCCGUGACACCGGAGAUUCCCAGUGACAAGGCGCUGACAAGCCCGGUACGCCCGGAAUACGCCGUCACGCCGACGCGGAAACAGAUAACACAACAAAUGUGCGGCGAAAGCACCGCGUCUUCCUCGUCGGACAGUGACACCGACGAGGACUUCUCUCCGGACGGGGCGCCGGUGCGGAGUGUUGAAUCCGACGCGGAAGACGACGCGCGACCGCCACCCAACGACGACACGGACGACGACCUGCCUCUGCCGCCGCCUGUGGUGAAACAGGAGCCCGUGCCGCCGGAGGAGCAGCGCGCCGCAAUCGAGUCGGGUGGCCCAGGCGAGGAGGUCGCGCCCGACGACGACGACGACGAACCCGAGUUCUACACGUGUAGCUUUUGACACGAUACAAAGACGAAUAAAUAAAAAC